AAAUCACCAAUUUCCCAUGCAAACGCAACAGAAAUAAUAAGGGUAAGAUGAAGACGAAGACAAUGGAGUUCCGAUCAAAUAAUAUCCGUAAAUCCGGGAUCUUACCGCUCGGAAUCACGCUGUUGUUGAUGAUGAUGAUGUUUGCACCUACGAAAGUCGUAGGUUCGAUGUCUCCGUCGGCUUUUUUUGAGAACCUUAUCUACUCCAACAGGAUCGUAAUUUUCUCCAAAACCCAAUGCCCGUACUGCGUGGUCGCAAAAAGCGUCUUUAAUAGACUAAAAGAGCAGCCUUACGUCGUGGAGCUUGAUCAUCAUGAGGAUGGGGGCAGAAUCCAGGAGGUGCUUUUUGACCGGGUUGGCCGUCGCACUGUUCCUCAAGUAUUUGUGAACGGGCAGCAUAUUGGCGGCGCUGACGAUCUUGAUGUAGCUGUCAAGAAUGGUGCGUUGCAAGGUCUCCUGUGUACUUGUUGAAUAUGAAAGAAAACUGUUGGAAUUAUCUUUUAAUGUAGCUUUAACUUUUCUGCCUAAUAACAUGUAAAGUGUAAAUCGUUUACUGGUUAAUAACAUAACUCGAAGGAGGCUAAUGUCUGUUUGCUUAUACAAACCGCGUUUGGUUCA